GCAGCAGCGAGCGAGGGGCCGCUCGGUAGCGCGGCAUGGCGGGCGGGGCGCGGGAGGUGCUCACUUUGCAGUUGGGGCAUUUUUCGGGUUUCGUGGGCGCGCACUGGUGGAACCAGCAGGAUGCUGCGCUGGGCGGACAGACCGAUGCCAAGGAGCCGCCGGGAGAGCUGUGCCCCGACGUCCUGUUCCGCACGGGCCGGACGCUGUACGGCCAGGAGACCUACACUCCUAGACUCAUCCUCAUGGACCUCAAGGGCAGCCUGAGCUCCCUCAAACAGGAAGGAGGACUCUACCACGACAAACAACUGGAUGCUGCCAUACCCUGGCAGGGGAAGCUCACCACGUACAAAGAGGAGCUCUCCUCCAAGAACCCUUACCUCCAGGACCUGCUGAGUGCAGAGGGAGUACUGUGUAGUGAUGGUGUGUGGAGGGUCAAGUCUGUUCCCAGUGGCAAAGGACCCCCCACGCUCACCACGUCCCCAGCUUCCAAGCUACUUCUCCCCACAGAGGACAGCAUUCACGUUUGGUCAGACUUCCUCAGGGUCCAUCUCCACCCCCGGAGCAUCUGUAUGAUUCAGAAGUACAACCACGAUGGGGAAGCAGGGCGCCUGGAGGCCUUUGGUCAGGGGGAGAGCAUCCUGAAGGAACCCAAGUACCUGGAGGAGCUGGAGGACCGGCUGCACUUCUAUGUGGAGGAAUGUGACUUUCUGCAGGGCUUCCAGAUCCUGUGUGACCUGCACGAUGGCUUCUCGGGGGUAGGCGCUAAGGCUGCUGAGUUGCUCCAAGACGAGUAUUCAGGGAGGGGGAUCAUAACUUGGGGCCUGCUUCCUGGUCCCUACAGUCUUGGGGAACCGCAGAAAAACAUCUACCGAGUGUUAAACACGGCCUUCGGGAUGGUGCGCCUGGCUGCUCACAGCUCCCUGCUCUGCCCCUUGUCACUGGGUGGGGGACUGGGGCUGCGACCAGAGCCCCCUGUCAGCUUCCCUCACUUGCGCUAUGAUGCUACCCUGCCCUUCCACUGCAGCGCCAUCCUGGCCACAGCCCUGGACACACUCACAGUCCCCUACCGCCUCCACACUGCACCACUCCCCAUGGUGCACCUGGCUGAUAUGCUGAGCGGCGCUGGGAAGAAGGUGGUGACCGCAGACGCCACCAUCCCCUUCCCCUUGGGUCCCAGCCAGUCGCUUCCUGACAUCCUGCUGCAGCUGGGGAGCACCUCCCCCUGGACCCCGCUGUCUGGAUGUGGAGACCCUCCUGGAGCACGCUGCUUUGCCCAGUCAGUGGUGCUGCGGGGUCUCGACAGAGCUCACCACACCAGCCAGCUGAGCCCAGGAGUACCUCUGCCCUCCCCACUCCAUGCCUGCAGUACUGGGGACGAAGUCUUGGCUCAGUUUGUCCAGCAGCGGCAGCCCCGAGUCAGCUCCUCUCAUCUGCUGCUGACGCCCUGCCUGGUGGCGCCCCCGUACCCCUGCCUCUUCUCUUCACACCUCAGCCGCCACGGUUUGGUUCUGGACGGUCCCCCCACUGGGGCAGCCGUGGAGAGCAUCCCCGUGCUGGGGUCUCUGAACUCGUCCUCUGCCCUGCACAGAGCCCUGGGAGGCCUGGCCCAGGAGCUCAGCAAACUCGAUCUGCGACGCUGGGCCAGCUUCAUGGAGGCAGGCGUGGAGCAGGACGACAUGGGGGAGAUGCUCCAGGACCUCCAGAGCCUGGCCGAGUGCUACCAGGCUAGUGACAGUCUUGCGGACUAGCCCCCGGAAGGGGGCAGAGCUGGUUUCAAAUAAAGACUGCUGG